AUGAUCCAGCUGCUCGACAGGUAUCAGGAAAAGCUGUAUUUAGACUGGUCCCAGACAGUCUCAGAAAAAUCCCAGUACAACCUGGCUCAGCCUCUCCUCCGGCGAGACCCAGAGACCAAACUGAUCACGGUCAAUUUUGAUCCCCAGCUGGUGUCGGUGCUGAGGGAGGUGAGCUACCUGCGGGGCAGCGGGCCAGGAGCCAUCCCCCCGGCAGCAGCCGAGCUCUAUUCCUGCAAGGAAUCCCUCUGGCAGCUGGUGGCCAGCCUGCAGCUGAUGGGGAACAGCUACAACAAGGUCCUGAGAACCGUGCUGGAGGUGGAAUAUCCCCUGCUGCAGGGGCAGCUGCGGGACAUCGACGUGAGGCUGAGAGAGGCGGAGGAAACGCUGACCUGGAAGAUGGAGGGUGUCUGGGAUCGCGUCUCUGCGGUGGUGGGCGAUGUCUGUGACCUGGAGCAGAGGGUGCAGAAAGCCAAGGACAACGUGGAGGAGAUCCAGAGCGUCGUGCGCUCGUGGGGGUCGCCCAUUCUGGAGAGGAGGGAUUCCAAGAGGGAGGCAGUGCUGAGCCUGGAGGAGUGCCAGGAGCGGCUGGAACGGCGCUACAGCCUGGUCAGGGAGUGUGGGCAGAGGAUCCACUCGCUGCUGAAGGAAAAUCAGAGCCUCCUGCUUGCAGACUCGGCAUCUGAUGCCUGGAAGGUGUAUUUGGAUUAUGUGGAUGAGAUAGUCCUGGAUGGAUUCUUCACAGCCAUUGAAUGCUCACUGAAAUACCUGCUGGAGAACACAGAUCCUAAGGCAGGGCUCCCUCCCCUGUUUGAGGUGCAGCUGCAUUUGGUGAUCCCAGAUUUGGUGUUUCGCCCUCCCUUGGACCCUGGCACCAACGAUGGCUUCUGUGACAUGGUGGAAAGUCUUCUCCAGGGCAUCUACCACAUCUCCUCACUGGUGCCCCGGCUGGCUGCGCACAGCGGCUUCUGCCACUACCAGGCUGACCUGGAGGCGAUGCCCGCUCUGUGCGAGUGGCGCCAGGAGCUGCUGGGCCGCGCGCGGGCGGCGGCGGCCGCGUGCCGGGAGCAUGGCGCGGGGCUGGAGCGGCGCUUCCAGCACCUCUACGGCGAGGACAGGCGGGAGCUGUGCCGCCAGCUCCUGCUCCACGGCCGCCUCCUCGCGCCCACGGAGCUCGAGGCCCACGGCGAGGACGGGGACCCCGAGGCGCCGCCCUCGCUGCAGCGGUUCAGGGAGCAGAUGGGCUCCUACGAGCAGCUCUACGAGGAGGUGGCUCGAAUGCAGCCCCUGGGCACCUUCCUGGGCUGCCUGAGGCUCGAUGCACGGCCCUUCAAGGCUGCCUUGCUCAACGAGAUCAAAAGGUGGAGCUUGGUGUUCAAGCAGCACCUCCUGGACCAUGUCACGCACAGCUUGGCUGACCUGGACGAGUUCAUCCAAACCACCGAGAGAGGUUUGAGCAGAAAGGUGGAGAAAGGUGACUAUGGUGGCUUGGUGGAGGUCAUGGGUCACCUGCUGGCUGUGAAGGAGCGUCACAGUGCCACUGAUGCCAUGUUUGAGCCCCUGAAGGAAACCAUCGAGCUGCUGAGGGCCUACGAGCAGCAGCUGCCCGAGGAAGUCCACCAGCAGCUGGAGGAGCUGCCGGAGAAGUGGAGCCAGGUGAAGAAGCUGGCUCAGGCCGUGAAGCAGCAGGUGGCCCCGCUGCAGGCGGCCGAGGUGACGGCCCUGCGCCAGAGCUGCGCCGCCUUCGACGCCCGGCAGCGGCAGCUCGGGGAGCGCUUCGGGAGGGAAGCUCCCCUCAGGUUUGAUGCCGAAAAGCCUUAUCAACUGCUGGAUGCAAAGCACAUAGAGAUUAAAGAGAUGGAGAUAGCCAUGGCCUCGAUUUAUGAAUCAGCUGGUCUGUUUGAAGUCAUGGUGCCAGAGUACAAACAACUGAAGCAGUGCAGGAAGGAGCUGUGUCUUCUCAAAGAGCUCUGGGACAUGAUCUCCCUGGUGAACACCAGCCUCGAAGACUGGCAGACCACCAAAUGGGUGGAUAUCAACGUGGAGAACAUGGAGCUGGAGUGCAAGAAGUUUGCCAGAGAGAUUCGGAAUUUGGAUAAGGAGAUGAGGGCGUGGCAUGCUUUCAGUGGGCUGGACAGCAAGGUGAAGAACAUGCUGACAGCCCUGAAGGCUGUGGCAGAGCUCCAGAAUCCUGCCAUCAGGGAGAGGCACUGGAACCAGCUGAUGCAGCUGACGGGCGUGAGGUUUGUGAUGGACUCAGACACUACCCUGGCUGACCUCCUCAAGCUUAACCUGCAUGAGUUUGAGGGGGAGGUCCACGGCAUUGUGGACAAAGCAGUGCGAGAAAUGAGCAUGGAGAAGGUGCUGAAGGAGCUGAGGAUGACUUGGAGCUCCAGGGAGUUUCAGUACGAGCCUCACGCCCGCACCCACACCCCCUUGCUGAAGUCAGAUGUGGAGCUCGUGGAAACUCUAGAGGACAACCAGGUGCAGCUGCAGAAUUUAAUGUCAUCCAAAUACAUUGCUUUCUUCCUGGAGGAGGUGUCUGCCUGGCAGAGGAAGCUCUCCACCACCGACUCCGUCCUCUCCCUCUGGUUCGAGGUGCAGCGCACGUGGUCUCACCUGGAGAGCAUUUUCCUCGGCUCAGAAGACAUCCGGGCACAGCUGCCCCAGGACUCCAAACGCUUUGAAGGCAUUGAUGUGGAUUUUAAAGAACUGGCCUAUGAAGUUCAGAAAACCCCAAAUGUAGUUGAAGCCACCAAUAAACCAGGUCUGUCCCAGCAGCUGGAGGACAUCCAGAGCAGGUUGUCUCUGUGUGAGAAGGCUUUGGCUGAAUAUUUGGACAUGAAAAGGUUGGCUUUUCCCAGAUUUUACUUCAUUUCUUCUGCAGAUUUACUGGAUAUUCUUUCCAACGGCACCAACCCACAUCUGGUGCAGCGUCACCUCUCCAAACUCUUUGACAACUUGGCCAGGCUGGAAUUCCAGGUGGACUCUGAGCAGAAGACAACCAAGGUUGGCCUGGGAAUGUACAGCAGAGAGGAGGAAUAUGUCCAGUUCAGUGCACCCUGUGACUGCAGCGGGCAGGUGGAGGUGUGGCUCAGCCGCCUGCUGGACACCAUGAGGGCCACGGUGAGGGACGGGAUGAGCACGGCUGUGGCAGCCUACGAGGACAAGCCCAGGGACCAGUGGCUCUUUGACCACCCUGCCCAGGUGGCUCUUUGCUGCACCCAGAUCUGGUGGACAGCGGAGGUGGGCAUGGCCUUCUCCAGGAUGAAGGAAGGCUACGAGAAGGCCAUGAAGGAGUACCACAAGAAGCAGGUGGCCCAGCUGAACACGCUGGUGACGAUGCUGCUGGGGCAGCUCUCCAGGGGUGACAGGCAGAAGAUCAUGACCAUCUGCACCAUCGACGUGCACGCGCGCGACGUGGUGGCCAAGAUGAUAGCACAGAAGGUGGACAGUGGCCAGGCCUUCGUGUGGCUGGCGCAGCUGCGGCACCGCUGGUCGGACGAGGAGCGGCACUGCUGGGCCAACAUCUGCGACGCGCAGUUCCUCUACUGCUACGAGUACCUGGGCAACACCCCCCGCCUCGUCAUCACCCCCCUGACCGACAGGUGUUACAUCACCCUGACCCAGUCCCUGCACCUGACCAUGAGCGGGGCCCCGGCGGGCCCAGCUGGCACCGGCAAGACGGAGACCACCAAGGACUUGGGCCGUGCCCUGGGCAUCAUGGUGUACGUGUUCAACUGCUCCGAGCAGAUGGACUACAAGUCUUGUGGGAAUAUUUACAAAGGCCUUUCCCAGACAGGAGCCUGGGGCUGUUUUGAUGAAUUUAACAGGAUCUCAGUUGAGGUCCUUUCUGUGGUUGCUGUACAGGUGAAGAGCGUGCAGGAUGCCAUCAGGGAGAAGAAGAAAUCCUUCAGUUUUCUUGGAGAAGACAUUAAGUUAGUCCCCUCAGUUGGGAUUUUCAUCACCAUGAACCCUGGCUAUGCAGGACGAACCGAGCUACCUGAGAAUUUAAAAGCUCUCUUCAGGCCCUGUGCCAUGGUGGUGCCAGACUUUGAGCUGAUCUGUGAGAUUAUGUUGGUGGCUGAGGGCUUCCUCCAGGCCCGGGCCUUAGCCAGGAAGUUCAUCACACUCUACCAACUCUGCAAGGAGCUCCUGUCCAAGCAGGACCACUACGACUGGGGUCUGCGGGCCAUCAAGUCGGUGCUGGUGGUGGCCGGUUCCCUGAAGCGCGCGGACCCCGAGCGGCCCGAGGAGCAGGUCCUGAUGCGCUCCCUCCGCGACUUUAACAUCCCCAAAAUCGUGACAGACGACGUGCCAGUGUUCAUGGGGCUGAUUGGAGACCUGUUCCCUGCGCUGGACGUGCCUCGGAAGCGCGACCUGGGUUUCGAGGCCGUGGUGAAGGAGGCUGUGCUGGAGCUGCGGCUGCAGCCUGAGGACAACUUUGUGCUCAAAGUGGUGCAGCUGGAGGAGCUGCUCAGUGUCCGGCACUCCGUGUUCGUGGUGGGGGCUGCAGGCACAGGCAAGUCCCAGGUGCUGAGGUCCCUGCACAAAACCUACCAGAGAAUGAAGCGCCGUGCUGUGUGGACAGACCUCAACCCCAAAGCAGUCACCAACGACGAGCUCUUCGGCAUCAUUAACCCAGCAACGAGGGAGUGGAGAGAUGGGCUGUUUUCAUCAAUCAUGAGAGAGCUGGCCAACAUCUCACACGAUGGUCCCAAGUGGAUGGUACUAGAUGGAGAUAUUGAUCCAAUGUGGAUUGAAUCUCUGAACACUGUGAUGGAUGAUAAUAAGGUGCUGACCCUGGCCAGCAACGAGAGGAUCCCCCUGAACCCCACGAUGAGGCUGCUGUUUGAGAUCAGCCACCUGCGCACGGCCACCCCGGCCACCGUGUCCCGGGCAGGGAUCCUGUACAUCAACGCCUCAGACCUGGGCUGGAAUGCCCCCGUGAGCAGCUGGAUUGACCGGCGGGAGGUGCAGUCGGAGAGGGCCAACCUGACCAUCCUGUUUGACAAGUACCUGCCCGUCUGCCUGGACACCCUGAGAACCAGAUUUAAGAAGAUUAUUCCCAUUCCUGAGCAGAGCAUGGUUCAGAUGCUGUGUUACCUCCUGGAAUGCCUCCUGACAGAGGACAACACGCCUCCUGACUGUCCCAAGGAGCUUUAUGAACUUUACUUUGUCUUUGCUGCUGUCUGGGCCUUUGGUGGCUCCAUGUUCCAGGACCAGCUUGUGGACUACAGAGUAGAGUUCAGCAAGUGGUGGGUGGCAGAAUUCAAGACGAUCAAGUUCCCUUCUCAGGGCACAGUCUUUGACUUUUACGUCGAUCCGGAAACAAAGAAGUUUGAGCCUUGGUCUAAACUUAUUCCCCAGUUUGAAUUUGACCCAGAGAUGCCCCUGCAGGCCUGCCUGGUGCCCACGGCUGAGACGGUUCGCCUGCGGUUCCUGGUGGCCAGGCUGCUGCAGCGCCGGCGCCCCGUGCUGCUGGUGGGCACUGCUGGCACGGGCAAGUCUGUGCUGCUGGGGGACACGCUCUGCUCGCUGGACACCGACGUCUUCCUGGUGAAGAAGGUCCCCUUUAACUACUACACCACCUCUGCCAUGCUGCAAGCUGUGCUGGAGAAGCCUCUGGAGAAAAAGGCUGGCAGGAAUUACGGCCCCCCGGGCACCAAGAGGCUGGUGUACUUCAUGGAUGACCUGAACAUGCCCCAGGUGGACGCCUACGGCACCGUGCAGCCCCACACCCUGCUCAGGCAGCACCUGGACUACGGCCACUGGUACGACAGGAGCCGGCUGUCCCUGAAGGAGAUCAGCAAUGUGCAGUACGUGUCCUGCAUGAACCCGACUGCGGGGAGCUUCACCAUCAACCCCCGGCUCCAGCGUCACUUCUGUGUCUUCGCUCUCUCCAACCCUGGCCAGGACUCCUUGUCCAGGAUCUACAGCACCAUCUUAGUGCAGCACCUGGCCAGUGGGAACUUCUCAGAGGCUGUGCAGAAAUCAGCCCAGCAGCUCAUUGCCCUGGCCCUGGGGCUGCAUCGGAAGGUGGCUGCCACUUUCCUGCCAACAGCUGUCAAGUUCCACUACGUUUUCAACCUCAGAGAUUUCUCCAAUAUCUUCCAAGGCCUUCUCUUCUCCACCCCUGAAUGCCUGAAGCAGCCCCAGGACCUGCUGAAGCUCUACCUGCACGAGUCAAACCGGGUGUACCGGGACAGGAUGGUUGAAGAAGUGGACUGGGAAACUUUUGAUAAAAUCCAGCGGGAGGUGGUGAAGAAAUGCUACGACGACAUUGAGGACACUUUAGAGCAGGCCAAACACAUGAAUAUUUACUGCCAUUUUGCCAAAGGCCUCGGGGAGCCUGGCUACAGGCCAGUUCCAAGCUGGGAGGAGCUGAACCAGAUCCUCGUGGAAGCCCUGGACAGCUACAACGAAGUCAACGCUGCCAUGGACCUGGUGCUGUUUGAGGAUGCCAUGAGCCACGUCUGCCGCAUCAGCCGCGUCCUGGCGGCGCCGCGGGGGAACGCGCUGCUGGUCGGCGUGGGAGGCACUGGCAAGCAGAGCCUGACCCGCCUGGCCGCCUUCCUCAGCGCCCUGGAGGUCUUCCAGAUCACCCUCAGGAAAGGCUACGGCGUCCCCGACCUCAAGGCAGACCUGGCAAACCUGUACCUGAAGGCCGGGCUGAAGAGCGUGGGCUCCGUGUUCCUGCUGAGCGACGCGCAGGUGGCAGAUGAGCAGUUCCUGGUGCUGGUCAACGACUUCUUGGCAUCAGGGGAAAUCCCAGAUCUCUUCCCUGAUGAUGAAGUGGAAAACAUCAUCAGCAGUGUGAGGAACGAAGUCAGAGGCCAGGGGCUGGUGGAUUCCAGGGAGAAUUGCUGGAGGUUUUUCAUCGAGCGAGUCCGACGGCAGCUGAAGGUCGCUCUGUGCCUGUCCCCCGUGGGCCCCAAGCUGCGCCUCCGCAGCCGCCGCUUCCCGGCGCUGGCCGGCUGCACCACCAUGGAUUGCUUCCAGCCGUGGCCCCGGGAGGCCCUGGAGUCCGUCAGCCUCCGCUUCCUGCGGGACAUGGGCACGCUGCAGGAUUCAGUCAAGGAUUCAAUAAGCAAAUUCAUGGCCCACGUGCACAUCAGUGUCAACGAGGUGUCCCGGCUGUACCUCAGCAACGAGCGCCGCUACAACUACACCACCCCCAAGUCCUUCCUGGAGCAAAUCAAACUCUACCAGAACCUGCUGCUGGAAAAGGACAGGGACCUAAAGGCAAAAAUGGAGCGCCUGGAGAACGGCCUGGAGAAGCUCAAGAGCACUUCUGCCCAGGUGGAUGAGCUGAAGGCCAAGCUGGCAGCCCAGGAGGUGGAGCUGAAGCAGAAGAAGGAGGAUGCUGACAAGCUGAUCCAGGUGGUGGGGGUGGAGACGGAGAAGGUGAGCAGGAAGAAGGCGGUGGCUGACGAGGAGGAGAGGAAGGUGGCCCUCAUCGCCCAGGAGGUGGAGCAGAAGCAGAAGGACUGUGAGGAGGACCUGGCCAAGGCUGAGCCUGCCCUGGAAGCGGCCCAGGCUGCUCUCAACACCCUCAACAAGACCAAUCUGACAGAGCUGAGGUCCUUUGGGUCACCUCCUUCUGCUGUCAGCAACGUCACGGCGGCCGUGAUGGUGCUGACGGCCCCGGGAGGGAAGAUCCCCAAGGACAGGAGCUGGAAAGCAGCCAGAGUGGCCAUGGCAAGAGUAGACAGCUUCCUGGACUCCUUGAUCAAGUUCAACAAGGAGAACAUCCACGAGAACUGCCUCAGAGCCCUCCAGCCCUACCUGCAAGACCCCAGGUUCAACCCCGAGUCCGUGGCCACCAAGUCGGCGGCGGCGGCCGGGCUGUGCUCGUGGGUGCUGAACAUCGCGCGCUUCCACCGUGUCUUCUGCGAGGUGCAGCCCAAGAGGCAGGCCCUGGAAAGGGCCAACGCCGAGCUGGCAGCAGCCCAGGACAAGCUGGCCACUGUCAAGGCCAAAAUCGCCCGCCUCAACGAGAACCUGGGCAAGCUGACGGCCAGGUUUGAGAAGGCCACGUCAGACAAACUCAGGUGCCAGCAGGAAGCUGAAGCCACAGCCUGCACCAUCAGCCUGGCCAACCGCCUGGUGAGUGCCAGCAAGGGCAGCUCUGGUGGCACCAGGGCUGGGCUGAGCCCUGUGCAUGCAGCACCUGCCAUCCUCUCAUGGUUUUGGGAAUGUCUCCUGCACUGCAGCAACUUUCAGCAGUGAAAAUGCUUUUACAGAGGUUGUUUCCAUGAGGUUGUGGCAGAAUG